AUGUCGAUUGUCCGUGUCUUCGCCCGCCAAAUCUACGACUCUCGUGGAAACCCAACCGUCGAGGUUGAUUUGACCACCGACAAGGGCGUUUUCCGUGCUGCCGUGCCUUCUGGAGCUUCUACUGGAGUCCACGAGGCUUUGGAGCUUCGCGACAAGGAAAAGGGAGUUCACCAUGGAAAGGGUGUCUUGAAGGCUGUCUCCAACAUCAAUGAGAAGAUUGGCCCAGCUCUUGUUGCCAAGGGUAUCCCGGUGACCGAACAAACCGCCAUCGACAAAUUUAUCAUCGAAUUGGAUGGAACCGAGAACAAAUGUAAGUGAAUUUAUAUUGUUGUAGAUCCGUAUUUAGCUUCUUAAACAUAGUGAUAAACUUUUAAAAUUAGGCUUACGGUUAAUUGUUAUAAAAUAAUUGGAAUUAAUAGAAACUAUUUUAGCCAACUUUGGCGCCAACGCCAUCCUUGGUGUGUCGCUCGCCGUUGCCAAGGCUGGUGCCGUUCACAAGGGUCUACCUUUGUACAAGUACAUCGCUGAACUGGCUGGAGUGAAGCAAGUGAUCUUACCCGUGCCUGCUUUCAACGUCAUCAACGGAGGUUCUCAUGCUGGUAACAAGCUGGCUAUGCAAGAGUUCAUGAUCUUGCCAACUGGAGCCAGCACCUUCAAGGAAGCCAUGAGAAUGGGAUCCGAGAUCUACCAUUACUUGAAGGCCGAAAUCAAGAAGCGAUAUGGUUUGGACGCUACUGCCGUUGGAGACGAAGGAGGCUUCGCUCCCAACAUUUUGGACAACAAGGAAGGUCUGGACUUGUUGAAGACUGCCAUCGAUCUUGCCGGCUAUUCUGGAAAGGUAACCAUCGGAAUGGACGUCGCUGCCAGCGAGUUCUACAAGGAUGGAAAGUACGAUCUCGACUUCAAGAACCCCAACUCGGACUCCUCGAAAUGGCUUACUGGAGAACAACUGGGAGAACUGUACCAAUCCUUUGUCAAGGAGUACCCAGUCGUCUCUAUCGAAGAUGCUUUCGACCAGGACGAUUGGGAGAACUGGUCUAAGUUCCAGGCUUCAACCUCGAUCCAAUUGGUCGGAGAUGACUUGACUGUCACCAACCCCAAACGUAUUAAGACCGCCGUCGAGAAGAAGGCUUGCAACUGCUUGCUCUUGAAGGUAAUUACUUUUUUGAGUCAUUAAUCUUUUAUAAGAUUGCUGUAUAUAAAUAUAUGUUGUUAGGUGAACCAAAUCGGAUCUGUCACCGAGUCGAUUGAAGCCGCUCGUUUGUCCCGUGAGAACGGUUGGGGAGUGAUGGUAUCUCACCGUUCCGGAGAAACCGAAGACACCUUCAUUGCUGACUUGGUCGUUGGUCUGGCCACUGGACAAAUCAAGACCGGUGCUCCGUGCCGUUCUGAGCGUUUGGCCAAGUAUAACCAACUAUUGAGAAUUGAAGAAGAGUUGGGAUCUGACGCCCUCUACGCUGGUCAGAAAUUUCGCAACCCACAAGCCUAA